AUGUACAGGUUUGCUCUAGAAGUACACCUGGUUCAUGAGAGCGAAGAUGAAAAGACUGCUGUGUUUGGAAUCAUGUACAAGAUUGGACGGUCUGAUUCUUUUUUAUCAAUGCUGAAGGAUAAAUUAGAAGCCAUAGCUGAUACCAGAGGAGAAGUGACAGUGGUGGGUACAGUUGACCCAAAGUUGAUAAAGAUGGGAAGUAGAAAGUAUUAUAGGUACAUUGGCUCUCUUACAGUCCCUCCUUGCACUCAAAAUGUUGUUUGGACCAUCCUUAGAAAGGUCAGAACCGUCACGAGAGAACAAGUGGCACUAAUUCGUGAAGCUGUUCAUGAUAUGAAGGAGGGGGAGAUGCAAGAUGCCAUUGAAAUCGGAGAGGAUGUAGGCAAUGACGGAGCAAUCAGCGUCGAAGCUGGCGCGCAAGAAGGCGUCGACGAGUUAGCGAGUGUCGACGAGGCAAUGGCCCAGGCGGGCGUCAGCAAUGUGCCUUGGGAUGGCAAGCACACCGCGAUAGGUGCCAUUCGGGGAGGAGCAAGCGCGCCAGGGACGGCACUGUUGGGCACAGAUGGGCGAACGCGCUAG